AUGAGACAGUUCACCUGCAAUAAUAAACAAUGUAUACCCAUUGAAUCCAAGUGUGAUUUGUAUAACGACUGCUUGGAUGGAUCUGACGAAGAAGACUGCAUCAUCUGCCCUCACAGUCGAUGCCAGAAUGCGAGAUGUCUACCCAAGCACUGGUUCGGAGAUGGUGAGAUUGACUGCAACUCCUGCUCUCACGAUGGAAGCCUCGUGGAUGAAGCCAAAUCUGCCCUCGAUCCCGACAUCCACCAAUGUCUUUUCAUUUGUAACAGAACCGAAUGCGUGCAUGAAUCCAUGCUGCAAGAUGAUGUCACUCAAUGCCAAGGCCCGGAAGGUGAGCUGGACGUAAUGAUUGGAGCUCUGGAAUCGACAACCUGUUACUCCGAAGCAGAUAAUGUGAGCCUGCCGUACGCUAACUGGGGACCGAAAUGUGUCUACAUCAAAGACCGGUACGGAGAACCUCUAGGUUGUAGGAAUAUGAGACACUUACAAAACUGUAGCGACUUUGUUUGUCCUGAAGGGUAUUACAAGUGCCCCAAGUCGUAUUGUAUUCCAGUCCAUUACUUAAAGAAUGCUGAAUUUGACUGCCUCGAUGGGGAAGAUGAAGACGAUUUUGCCCUGGUGUGUCCUAAACAUUAUCGAUGUGCAACUAUCAAUAACUGCCUUCACCCUGAUCAUGUAUGUGACAAGCAGGUUGAUUGUCCUAAAGGAGAUGACGAGACCUCAUGCAAUGUACCUUGUAGAGAAGGCUUCCUUUGCCUUGCCGGAACAGUCACAGUCAGCAGUUACAAUAGAAGCAUACCCCUCACUGAUCUGGAUUUUGUGUCCCCCCACACGCGAUAUCUGGAUUUGUCUGGUAUUAAUGUGUCCGCUGUGUUUCCUUCUUUCCCCAGAGACCGAAUCACAAAUGUCGUUAAUCUGACAUUGUCUGGAUGUAGCAUCGACAGCGUGGAAGCCAAAAAUUACGAAUACAACGAUGUUCGUGGCAUCUGGUGGUUGGAUCUCAGCUACAACCUCAUCACAGAGGUACCGAGUUCUAGCAUACUCAAAUCGAUGUAUGCCUUGCAGUUUUUGAAUCUUAGUCACAAUGAACAACUAGCAAGAGUUGGCAAUGAUGCGUUCAUCCCGUACAGAUCUGUGUCCUCCUUUCUAAAAGUGCUUGACUUGUCCUAUACCGCUGUGCGUUCCCUGCGCUCAUCUCUUGUCAACUUGAACAGAUUAGAAAAACUAAUACUUCGCAACACUGGUAUUACUGGCAUUCCGUACAACAUGUUCCCAAGACAUUUAACCUUGCAGGUUCUGGACCUGCGUGGGUUGACUUUCAAUGACUUAUACCCAGACAUGUUCAAGAAUGUAACAAUCCUGUCUCAACUACUGACAGACUCCUUCAAGUUAUGCUGUCCGCAGAUCCACAGCAAAGACACCGAUCUCAAAGUGUGUGUGUCUGAUAAAGACCCCUUUUCUUCCUGCUCUGACCUCAUGAGCGUUAUGAUCCUGAAAAUACUGCUAUGGGUUAGUGGCGUACUUGCAGUUGUUGGCAACAUUAUCGUCAUAUUUUAUCGACUGUCCUUCGACAAGAUGAUCUUCAAAAUGGCCUACGGACACUUCAUCAUGCAUCUGAGCUUCGCCGAUUUGUUCAUGGGUAGUUACCUCGUCAUUAUAGCAGCAGCCGAUACUUACUACAGAGACUCCUACGUGUGGGACGAAUACGACUGGAGAAACAGCGACGUCUGUAAGGUUGCUGGUUUUCUGUCCACCCUAUCGAGCGAAACGUCUACCUUUUUCAUAUUCCUUAUCACACUCGAUAGAUUCUUUGCCAUGAGAUUUCCGUUUAGGCAGCUGAAGGCUUCUAUGAAAUUGAUUGCACUGAUCUGUACGAUCACUUGGGCUCUGGGGAUCUUGAUUGCAGCCAUUCCUCUCCUGCCGUAUUUUCAGCACUGGAAUCUCUACAGCACUAACGGCAUGUGUCUGGCGCUCCCUCUAACAAACAGGCGUCAUCCCGGAUGGCAGUUUUCAACGGCUGUCUUUAUAUUCCUCAACUUUUUUCUGUUUAUACUGAUCGCCUUUGGCCAGUUAGCCAUCUACAGGUCGGUAUUUUCUAUGAGAAUUAACCAGAGCAAACUGAACAACGCUAGCUACAGACGCUCUCAAGAUCUGGCCAUUGCCAAGAACCUGUUUCUGGUGGUCAUCACUGACUUCAUGUGUUGGUUUCCCAUCGGCGUUAUGGGGCUGUUCUCACUAAGUGGACAUGAAAUUGGUCAUGAUGCAUACGCUUGGUCAGCUGUCCUUGUGCUACCCAUUAAUUCGGCCAUCAAUCCUCUUCUCUACACGAUCCCGUCUGUGACUCGCAAACUAAGGCAAUAUAAAGAAGGCGUGACCAGUCAUCGCUCGAAGUCACAGUAA